AUGAAGACACAGGAGAGCGCCAAGAAUGAGGAGAUCCUGAAUUCACUCAAGUAUAUCCGGCCUGGAGGCGGGUUUGAGCCCAACUUCAUGCUCUGCCAGAAGUGCGAGGUGAAUGGCGCCAAGGAGCACUCACUCUUCACCUUCCUGCGGGAGGCCCUGCUGGCGCGCAGCGAUGACCCCACUGCGCUCAUGAGCGACCCCAAGUUCACCACCUGGUCCCCGGUGUGCCGCAACGACGUUUCCUGGAACUUCGAGAAGUUCCUCGUGAGCCCUGAUGGCGUCCCGGUGCGCAGGUACAGCCGACACUUCCCCACCAUCGACAUCGAGCCCGACAUCCAAGCCCUGCUGUCCAAAGGGUCUGGCAGUGCCUAGGGCGCCCCCCUAC